AGGGCCCGCCCCUCAGCCCGCCCCCAAACUGGGUGGAGUGACCCCCUACAAAAGCUCAGCGUUUCCAGCAGCAGUUUUCUUCCUCCAAGAGUGUUGGUGCGUCUGGUGCCAGAGUUAAGGAACAGAAUCUUGCUGAUGCCUGCACAGGCCCUCACCCUGGGGUCAGGAAGUUUGGAGAAUGAGGCCUUUCAGCCUUGAGGUUUCCCUACACCUGCCCUGGGCUAUGGCAGCCCACUUGCUUCCUGUCUGCACCCUCUUCCUGAACUUGCUCAGCAUGACCCAAGGCUCCCGGGACCCUGUGGUCCCCAACCAGCCCUUCACUACCAUCUGGAACGCCAACACCGAGUGGUGUAUGAAGAAACACGGUGUGGACGUAGACAUCAGUAUCUUUGAUGUGGUGACCAACCCGGGGCAGACCUUCCGCGGCCCUAACAUGACCAUUUUCUACAGCUCCCAGCUGGGUACCUACCCUUACUAUACAUCUGCUGGGGAGCCUGUGUUUGGUGGCCUGCCCCAGAAUGCCAGCCUGAAUGCCCACCUGGCCCACACAUUCCAGGACAUCCUGGCUGCCAUGCCUGAGCCUCACUUCUCAGGGCUCGCAGUCAUUGACUGGGAGGCAUGGCGCCCACGCUGGGCCUUCAACUGGGACACCAAGGACAUUUACCGGCAGCGCUCACGGGCAUUGGUACAGAAGCAGCACCCAGACUGGCUAGCUCCUCGGGUGGAGGCCGCAGCUCAGGACCAGUUUGAGGGGGCUGCAGAGGAGUGGAUGGCAGGCACCCUCAAGCUGGGACAAGCACUGCGCCCUCAGGGCCUCUGGGGCUUCUAUAAUUUCCCUGAGUGCUACAACUAUGACUUUAAAAGUCCCAACUAUACCGGCCAGUGUCCACUAAACAUCCGUGCCCAGAAUGACCAGCUCGGGUGGCUGUGGGGCCAGAGCCAUGCCCUCUACCCCAGCAUCUACCUGCCUGCAGCACUGGAGGGCACGAAGAAGACACAGAUGUUCGUGCAGCACCGUGUGGCUGAGGCAUUCCGUGUGGCAGCGGGUGCGGGGGACCCCAAGCUGCCGGUGCUGCCCUACAUGCAGCUCUUCUAUGACAUGACUAACCACUUUCUGCCCGCGGAGGAGCUGGAACACAGCCUGGGGGAGAGUGCAGCCCAGGGUGCAGCGGGAGUGGUGCUCUGGGUGAGCUGGGCGAACACAAGCACCAAGGAAUCAUGCCAGGCCAUCAAGGAGUAUGUGGACACGACGCUGGGACCCUCCAUCCUGAAUGUGACCAGCGGGGCUCGUCUGUGCAGUCAGGUCCUAUGCUCCGGCCAUGGCCGUUGUGCCCGGCGCCCCAGUUACCCCAAGGCCCGCCUCAUCCUCAACUCCACCAGUUUUUCCAUCAAGCCUACGCCUGGUGGUGGGCCCCUGGCCCUACAAGGUGCCCUCUCGCUCGAGGAUCGGUUGCGGAUGGCAGUGGAAUUCGAAUGUCGCUGCUACCGUGGGUGGAGGGGGACACGGUGUGAGCAGUGGGGCAUGUGGUGAUUGGCAUGGGCACACACUGAAUACCUGAUGCAAGCUGGGCCUGGCUAGGUAGGGCUUUCCCAAGUCCAGGCAGUCACAGGAGUCAUGGUUACAGUCAGAAGUCCACUCAGCCAGUGUCAUGAGCAUACACCAGUGUGCACACCUGCUUACAGACCAAGAUAGCUGCAUAAGGACACGGUGUGAGCAGUGGGGCAUGUGCUGAUUGGCAUGGGCACACACUGAGUACCUGAUGCAAUCUGGGCCUGGCUAGGGCUUUCCCAAGUUCAGGCAGUCAUAGGAGUCAUGGUUAGGCAUCCAGUCACAGGAGUCAUGUCAGGCAUCCACCCGACAGAGUCAAAAAUACUUCCUCCGGAGACACUGAGUCAGUCUUCAAACAGAAGCAGUCACAAGCACUGACAUUCGGGACUUCCCUGGCCAUCCAGUGGUUAAGACGAGGAGCUUCCACUGCAGGGGGCACGGGCGGAGACUAAGAUCACGCAUGCUAAGUGGUGCAGUUAAACAAAUAACAAAUAAAUAAACUGACAUUCACUGGGCAUCUACUCUUUCCUAGUCCUGUGCUAAGCAUUUUAAGUAGGCUAACUUAAUUGUGCAAUCCUAACACGACGCUGUGAGGAAACUGAGGCACACCCAGGGAGGGUAAGCACUUUCCCCAAGGUUGCACAGCCAGAAAACAGAGCAGCUGAGAUUCAAGCCCGGGCUGCCUGGCCAGAGAGGUACAACCUUUUGUCUCCUACUGAUAAGUCGAUGGUAACCAGCUCUGCACUGCACUCUGAAUCCGCUCAGAGGAUUCUAACUUCAAAAGCUGUUUGUUGAGGGCCUAAAACGUCCAGGCGCUGGUAUCCAGAGGGUACAGGAAAAGUUCUUUUCUCUCACUCAGAUCUGAUGUGUGUCCGAGGGCGGCUGCUUCCCAGUGUGGGGCCCAAAUUUGAAGUAGAAGCUCCACUUGAUUGUUUUCCACGCCGCGCAGGAGGGAUAGCGUGAGCCCAGACAAAACUAAACUUGGGGCGAGACCUAUUAGGCUGGGGCGGGGCGAGGACGGAAGCCCAGCCAACCCGAGAUGGAGUCGGGCUCACUGGGAGCGAGGCCAGGAUAAACUAGGGUGGGAGGAACAGAGCUAGAGGCCGGGUAAAGACCCAGUCUGCGUCUGGUCGGUGUUAUGACCCGCCGGGCCAGGGGCGGGGCCUAGGCGGAGGUACAGGGCGGCCGGGGCGGGGCCUGGCCGCCCGGAAGACCCCGGACUAGGCUGUGUGCCGCGGGCCGGGACAGCUGCAGUUCGUCCGCCCCACCGCUAGGGGAUGAGCGCCGAGAGCCGGAGGGGUCCGAGCCAGAGACAACGAGAUACCGAUCCAGGAGAAGCGAGGACGCGGAGCAUCCCGGAGCCCGGCAACAACAUGGCCCCCUCCACAAAGCCUCCUGGAGACACAAUACCAAGACCUGAGAGGACGCCCCAUAUUUUGGAUGGAGAAAGACAUCUGAGGCUAUUCCCAGGGCAAGAUGCUGUCUUUCUGGGUCAGUUGACUGCCCACAACAGUAGCAGCUUCAGCCCACUGGCCAUCGCUCAGCUUCUAGCCCCUGAGGGCAGCUUCCUGAGGCAUGUUUCCUGAGUGCCAGUGGAGAUGGCACCAUGGCUGUGGCUCAGAGCUCUGUGGCUGAAUAAAGGCUUGUUGGGUGUGUC